AUGGCAGCGGGGGCAAGAGCCCGGAGCUGCCGGCGGAGCGUGAAGCGCCGGACCGCCGGUGCCUCACACCCCUCGGGCGGCCGGUCCUUCUCACCACCGGUGCCUGGUACCACUCACACCACCGGUCCCCAGCGUCCCUCACACUACCGGUCCCUCACGCCCUGGGGCGGCCGGACCCUCGCGGCCCUCACGCCCCGUAGCAGCGGCGGCCGCCACACCGACCGGCCGCCUUCCAGCGCGGGCAGCACCGCCCGCAGCGCCCCGGCCGCCGCCCUCAGCCCGCCCCGCCGCAGGGAAACUGAGGCAGCAGCCGCGCGUGUGGGGACGCGCACUGAGGGACAGGUCCGGCACGGGGGGGACACGCUCGGAGGGACAGGUCCCUGUGUCGGGGGACAGCGGGGUUUGGGAGGUGCCGCUGUGGUAACCCGCACCCGCCCUCCCGCCGGACCUGUGUGCUGCGGGUGUGAGGGGGAACCCGCGUGCAGCGUUAGUGUGCGAUUCACCGAAAUUUGUAAUUGUUUCGUCGUGACUUUUUAUUGUGGUUCCCUAGUGAAAGUGCAGCCAGUAGAACAGAGCCCAUGCAGAGGCUUGUACAAUUCUGCUGGAGCGAGUCCAGAAGAGGCCACGAAAUUGAUAAGAGGACUGGGGCACCUCCCCUACAGAGACAGGCUGGAAAACUGGGGUGUUUAUCCUGGAGAAGAGAAGGAUGUGUGGAGACCUCAAAACACCUUUCAGAACCUGAAGAGACUUGCAAGGAAGCUGGAGACAAACUCUUCAUCAGGGACUGGAGUGACAGGACAAGGGGGACAGUACAAACUGGAAAAGGGGAAAUUUAGGUUAGAUAUUAGGAAGAAAUUUUUCACUUUGAGUGUGGUGAGGCCCUGGCACGGGGUGCCCAGAGCAGCUGGGGCUGCCCCUGGAUCCCUGGCAGUGCCCAAGGCCAGGUUGGACACUGGGGCUUGGAGCAGCCUGGGACAGUGGAGGGUGUCCCUGCCAUGGCAAGGAGGGGUAGAACGAGAUGAUCUUCCAACCGUUACUGUUCUAUGAUUCUGUAGUUUUGUCAUUCUUACAAACAGAUGAUUUGAGAAAAUUUUGAAUGCAAUCCUCCAAGAUUCUGUGAUUCAAAAAGACAAUCUGGCUGUAUUUCAUGAUCGAGCCUGAUUGACCUGAUGUUAUUAAAGUUUAUGGAUGCCUUAUAUUCCUGUAAAUCAGAUUUUUCUUGAUCCUAAUGAAAUCUUGGAAAGGAAUUCUCUAGAAUUAUUGGGGCUUUAAGUUGUCUCUAAGUAGGUUAAUUGUGUCAAAUGUACCAUUCGCAAUUAUUUGAAUGUAUUCUGGUUCUUCAAGAUUAGCUUGUUUAUGAAUGUAUUUUCCAACAUUUCUAAUUUUAGAUGCUUUGAUGGGGGGCUUAGUUUGAUAUAUUUUUCAUCUUUAUGUGUGCUUGCAGCUGUUAUUACCAGGUGCAUGUUUGUUAAGUAUAAGGUUUGUUCUCCAUUUGGAGUAUCCAAUAACUGCUCAGAUUAACUUUGGAUCAUACUUGCCAACAAGCUUUAUCACUGGAAUUUUGUUUAAAACUGAACCUCUGCAAAAUGUAGAAUGUAAAGAAACUUAAAAGAAAAAACUUUAAAGAAAACUUUAAAGAAAAUAAAGAAAUAAAGGAUGAUUAUACAUGGACAUUGUGAGCAAAUUAACAUGUAAAAGCUAAAACACUUGCAUUGGUUGAAAGUAUGAGAAUUGCUGGUUUUCAUAGUGUAAAUAUUGCACUAAAGGGUUAAGUUGUGUACUUUGAAUGGUUCAGUGG